ACCACCACCCCCUUGCACUCGAAACCCUAGAAAAACCAGUUUCCAAAUUUAGCAAAGGAUCAAGCUGCUUACUCCAUCUCUUCUCCAAACCCUAGAAAGCUCGAUUUCUGAGGUAUCCAACAAUCUACAAAUUUUCUUCUCCAAACCCUAGAAAACCCAAUUCCCAAAUCAGCAAAUUAUCAAAGAAAAAGUUGCUAAAUUUGGCAAAUUUUAGCAAUAAUGGACCUUCAAGUGACAGAGUUGAGGUUGGGUCUUCCAGGAACUGAAGCUCCUGGUUCUCUAAUGGUGGCCAAGACAAAGAAGAGAGGAUUUUCAGAGAUUUCAGAGUGUAAGAGAAAGGAAGAAAACUGCAAAAAUCAGGUGGUUGGGUGGCCCCCAGUUCGUAGUUUCAGGAAACAUGUUUAUUUACAGGAAAAAAUGGAGGAACAACAGAAGAAGAAUUAUGUGAAAGUGGGCAUGGAAGGAACCCCUUAUCUGAGAAAAAUGGAUCUGAAAAUGUUUAAUGAGUAUUCAGAGCUCUCCAAAGCGCUUGCUGCCAUGUUUGGGUGCUUUUCAAUAGGCAUUUCAAACGCAAAAGAGGAGAGGAAAAGCUCGGAAUAUUUUCCAAUUUAUGAAGACGAUGAUGGUGACUGGAUGCUUGUAGGAGACGUCCCAUGGGAGAUGUUUGUUGAAUCUUGUAAAAGGUUGAGGAUAGUGAAGAAUGAUGUUAAAAUUCGAAAGUUUAUUGGAAAUUAGAGAGUUUGUCCCUGCUUUUUUUUAGCCAAGAAGCAUAGGAGGGAAUUUGGCUUCUGAUGUAUUCAUUUUGCCGUCUUUUUUUUGCACAUGAAAUUAGCAAUAUACAAUUAUACUUUGUUGUAUUUGUGAAUCAUUAAAGACCAUAUGAGAAAAUAAAAAGGAAUGGGACAAGAAAUAGAGAGAAAAAAAGUAACAAAAAGGAGACAUAUAUUUUCCAUAAUUUUAAUGUC